CCCAAUUUAAAAAACCCCAGACAGGCUGAUAAAUCAAAUAUUUACAAAAUCAAAAUACAUUAUAUCCUUUGUGCAUUACUUUAGGUGCGGAAAUUAGAUUGAUCGCAAUGACUAAAUGGAACAGGCCUUCCUUAUGGACAGGUAUCAUACCAGUGCUUCUAAUGAUCGUAUUCUUAUAUUUUAACCUCGAUAUUCCGGAGCGCUUUACGCGCGGAGAGCUUGAUUGCCCCGAAUGUGCUGUCAGAAACGAAAUCGGGACUCCUUUGGAAGGAAUUUUCGACUUGUCUGACACAUCGAAUCCAAUUACUAAGGAGCUCAUGUUCACAGCUAAAUACGAUACACUGCCUUUGAUCAUGACUGCAACAAGUGUCCCAUUUUACGAGAUGACUCUGAAUUGGUAUAUUUCCGUUAAAAAUGCCGGAGUAAGAAACAGAGUUCUAUUCGUGUGCCAUGACACGAUCAUUAUUGAGAAACUCCGUCCACAUAUGCGUACGGAUGACAUUCUGGCUCUCUACUCGCUUCCUUUUAGUGCUGUACCAGAUUCUACGUAUGGAUCCAAUGAUUAUGGACUUGUUGCGAGAGCGCGAACGAAAAUGGUUUUUGAUGUUGUCUCCAGGGAGAUACCUUUGUGGUUUACGGAUGUGGACAUGGUGUGGAACAGAGACCCUUGGCCCUUCAUCGCUGACUUGCAAAGCAAAGGACAUGAUAUUGCGGUGUUAAGAGAUGGAAACCACUUGUGUGCUGGAUUCUUUGCGGUUAUUAACUCAACUGCUGAUGGUAUCAUCGACUUUUUUGGGGAUUGGGAUAAGGGGAUGUCAGGAAAGAACUUAAACCAAGGGCUUUUUAACACUGUAGCUAAACAGCACAGUGAAAUAUCGCUUGGUUACCUUCCAGCGAACUUAUUUCCGGAUGGAAGGCAGUAUUUUCACGACUUCGAUGCCGACCAGAGGAAAGAAGUUGUCGUUGUGCAUAAUAAUUUCAUAAAAGGAUAUCAGAAUAAGGUUGAUCGUUUCAAAUCACACAACUUGUGGAUAAUCUGAAGUUCAGAAAUGGGUUUAUUUUUAUUUUUAUUCUUUUUAAAAACAAGUAAAUUAAAUAAAAACAAAUAUUUGUAUUUAAA